AUGGAUCCAGAGAAGAUUUUUUCGAAACUGCUGGAAGUGAGGCUGAGUAAGGGAGCACGUGCGGAGAGCACCAUCCAGCGCCCUGGGAGCAUUCUCUCGAAUUUAGAAGCUUCUCUGAAGGGCGCCACUGAUGUCCAUGCACGUUUUGGAGCGGUGCCACAACAAGAGACCAAAGUAAAGGUAGGCAACGAUAGGAGCGGUAACAACAACACCUCUCCACCAGUGACGCUUGUGGUUGGUGCCACUCACACCUGCCCUUCCACCAACGAGACGAAAUUCAGUAAGACCAACCAGGAUACUGGUGGUCAGUUUGGUGCCAAACCGAUGCGCACCAUGCGUUCCAACCCACGAUUUUCGCAGCAUAAGCAGCAACAACUACCGGUGGUACAUCAUGAAAAUAAGGUGAGUGUUGUGGAGCCUUCAUCCGACAAUAGGGUUGAACGGUUUCUUCAGACAGUUACCAAAUCCACCGUUGCAGCUGCGCAAGAUGCGAUUUCAGCGCCACCCCCAGUGGCAGUGGCUUUGACUAACGUUGAGCCCAAUGCUGUGCGGAUGGCAACAUUGGUAGCUGGGACUGCGGCGAACCCAACGAUGCUUGAACCUAUAGACAAUUUCAAUGCGCAAAAACCAAUCAUUCGUACAGCACCCCCAUGUGAUCACCGGUACAUUAUUGUGGGUGAUGUGCAUGGAUGCCCGGAGGCGCUCGAGAACUUGAUGCUAAAGGUCAACUACCGGAAAGGGAAGGACUGCCUAAUUUUAGCGGGGGAUUUGGUCAAUAAAGGACCCAACUCUAUAGGGGCAGUACGACUAGCCCAGUCACUGGGUGCAAUUGGUGUGCUGGGAAAUCAUGACAGUACGCUUCUUAUUUGUAUUGCCAGAUCGCGGAAGCCAAAACUUACUGAACAGGAAGAACUUGAUCCCGUGAUGCAGCUGGCGCUCUGCUUUCCCAAAGAGUGUCAGGACUACUUGCGUUCUCUUCCACACAUCCUGCGUAUUCCAAAGUACAAUGUUGUUGUGGUACACGCAGGAUUCAAUCUAAAUAACCCCAUUGAAAAUCAAGAUGUGUUUGAAAUUAUGCAUAUGAGAAGAUUAGAAAAGUUGAGUGGUGAUGAUGAUAAAGAGGCUUGCACCAAUACCAAAGCAAGGUGGAGGGCAGUGGUAAAAGGAACCCGCGGUAGACCUUGGGCAGAGCUUUGGGAGGGGCCUGAAUGCGUUGUUUUUGGUCACGAUGCGCGCUCUGGGCUUCAGACACAUCCUUUUGCAUAUGGCCUUGACACUGGCUGUGUCUAUGGCCACACACUCACAUGUGUGGUGUACGGUCCUGAAAGUCCCAAGGGUGCUUUGUUUUCGGUGCCGGGUCUACCAAAGUUCACCAACGAAAAGCGUGGUCUUCCGUCCCCAGCAGCUCCUGUGUACGAGCAGUGCAUGGAGGAGCUGGAGAAGCAGAUUCUACGGCCAACCUCACGCCCCGCAUCCUCUAAGCGUUUCAGUGGCUAUAAGCCGACAUUCCUUUCUGCCCCCCCUAAUUAUUCACUUCGCACAGCAAGCACCGCAGUGACUGCCGCUUCUGGAGCGUGCAGUGAAGCGACGCCGAGUCCCAAGAUAUGCGCGGUGGAGGCGGCUACACUUUUGUCGUUGUCCCAAGCCGGGGAGCUGAGUGCUGUUAAUACACUCAUGCGUCUACCCGUGUACGAAGCGGCAUGGAGACUCAUGCUACGUAACGGGAUGGAGGAUUGCACCCAUACCUUUUGGAUUCCCUUUGUUGGUGGAAUUUUGGAAAAACUGUUAAACAAGUCGACAGAGACUUCUAUGGAUUGUAUAGAUGGCGUGCUACAACUAGCUUUGGAGGCAUGUGAUGAGCUGGAAGCUGUGCAAAAAGUGCUUGCUCCCCAACUACGUUCAUUACUGGCACGUGAGGACUCUGGGGUCCUAUUUGUCUCAAAGAACACUAUGAAGUUGUUGAGAUUCCUUGCAAUAGGCCAGUGGUAA